GCAGUGGGCGCCAAUCGGCCUGUAUUCAUGAACACUUCCGGUACAGAAGAAGAGGCAGUGAGGCGGAAGGUGGCUAAAGUUACCUGCGGCGCGUUUCUUCCUAAUUUAUAAAAUGUUUGAGACUGGAAGUCUGGCGCUGAGAGCCGCGCGAGUUCACUUCUAACGGCAGGAAACACUGACCGAGGGCGCUAACGGCUAAAAGCUAACAGGAGCGCUGACGGUGAGAGCAGAAGCUAACAGCUAGCUGCUAACGUUCAGGAGCACACCUGGUGUUUACCCUCAGCUGUGACUUGAAGGUGUGUCAUUAAGGCUGAGAUGAGCAGCUCUGCUCAGAGGAAAAGGAGGAGCACAGGAAGUCCUCCGGUUUCCAGACACAAUACCAAAAGCACCAGAGCGGCGAGUACGAGGACGGCGAACGCCAAUCGCACUGCCGACAGUGACCCCGCCCCCCCGACAGAGACCAUCGACGUGAUGGACGGUGAGGAGGAGGUGGUGGUGGAUCUCACCUGUGAGAGCAGCACAGAAGCUGCUGUGGUUGACCUGACAACCAACAACGACUCCGUUCUGCUGGUGGAUGAAGGUCCUCAGACCUGGAGAGCUCCGGUACAGAGUUACCUUGUUAGCAGCGAUGAAGAUGAAGACACACCCCCCAUCUUCAGUGCCACCCUCGUGCCAUCUACAAACACCUCCAGGUCAACUCCGGGGACGAUCAGCUGCCCUGUGUGUCUGGACGGAUACUCAGAGAUCGUUGGGAGCAGCCGAUUGGUCGUCUCCACCCGCUGUGGUCACGUGUUCUGCAGUCAGUGCCUGAGAGACGCUCUGGCAUCAUCACACACCUGUCCCACCUGCCGGAAAAGACUCACUCACCGCCAGUACCACCCCCUCUACAUUUGACAUCACUCUGAGGUCAGCUCAGUCCUGCUGUACCAUAGGCCAUGAUGUCAUCGGACCAUAGGCCACGAUGUCAUUAGUGACAUCAUCAGUGACUUUUUUUUUUUGCUGCUGAAAGUUUGUUUUUGUUUACAUCAAAGCAAGUGUUCAGUCACAGAUGAUGAUUGAUUACUGAUUGAUGUGUAUUGAUUUGUUUGUUUGUUUAAGUUGAAAUAAAUUCUGAUUUGUUCCAUUUACUGAU